AAUUAGUCGAAUCUCUAGUAGCUACAUUUAGCUAUCUAUAAGCUAUAUACGGUUUCAACAGUAAGUUUUUUCGUCUUUGAAUCCACUUUGUUCAGGUUACAAGACUGCAAUGUAUCCCCGGGAUUCUUCAAUACAAUUACCUCAAGAAGACGUCAUGGACAAUCUGAUAGUCGAUGAUUCCGACGUAACGUACAAAAAGGGCAAUACGUCAGCCUGGCUGAAUGGUCUCACAAUAGCUACUGCCGAAUUCAUUGGGACGGCAUUGUUGGUUUUUCUAACAUGUAUGGGAUGUACGAAGGAGAUGUUUGGGGAAAUUAUUCCUGUUGCGCAAACGAGCUUGGCCAGCGGUUUGUCCGUCAUGACAGCUAUUCAGAUCUUCGGCCACAUCUCUGGGGCUCAUGUGAACCCAGCAAUCACGCUUUGCGCUGUAAUUAUGGGCGAAAUUUCCCUGACAUCGGUACCGAUUUAUGUGAGUUCCCAAAUUGCGGGUUCUUUGACCGGCUAUGCACUUCUUACGGCUGUAACACCGGAUAAAUACCUUGACACAGCUGGACACUGCGCCACUGCCCCUCACAUGGAGAUCUCACUAAUUCAAGCAUGUGUGGUGGAAUUUCUCGCUACGUUUAUUAUGGCGCUUGCUAUCUGCGCUUCGUGGGAUCCGAAGAAUAGCUCGAAGGGCGAUUCGGUUCCUAUAAGGAUUGGUCUCAUUGUGUUUCUGUUAAAUAUAUCGGCGGGUGCGUACACUGGUGCCAGUAUGAACCCUGCACGGAGCUUAGGGCCGAUUGUUUGGAAUCACUACCGGUGGUAUACGCACUGGGUUUAUUGGGUGGGACCAGUACUAGGAGCCGUGCUAGCCGGACACUUUUACAAGAAGGUUUUUUUAAAACAACGAAAUUAAAAUUUUUGUAAUCGUAUUUGUAAUAAAGCUUGACUUACCAUGA